AUGGCGCGGCCGCGAGGAGAUCCGAGUUCCCAGCGUGCUGUCCUAGCUUCCGUCUUGCCCCCGGGAAUUCCGGGAAUUUUCAGAAUUUUCUCUUCCCGGGACUUCCUGGUUGCGGAACUGAACGAUGUGAUGAGGCUCUACAUCCUGCCGCUUGGCCGGUCCAAGCUAGAAGUGCCGGGAGAGGCUCUGGAUUGCUUGGUGGCCUUGCUGCGCACCGAGUAUCUCACUGGAGCAGAUUCCAUGCGAAGCGUGCUAUCUGAGAUCCCGGAUUUGUGGCAUCAGGAUGCCGGGCGUGUCUGGAAACAGUACGCAGAGCCACCAGGGGAUGCCACGCCGGCGCUGGGUGUGGGACUCAAGACCUUCGUGAUCAACCUCGCCAGACGCCCCGAUCGACGGGCGUCCAUCGAGGCCCUGUGCAAAGAUCUACAGCUUGAUUACGAGGUCAUUGAGGCUGUUGAUGGGCGUGCCCUGGCAUCUCAACCUGGCGCGCGGAUGGAGCUAGUUCCCCUUCAAAG